UGGGGCGCUCGAACGGGCGUCUCUUCCAGGUCCGCAAUGGCUGAGGCGUCCCGUUGGCACCAAGGCGGGACUCCAAAACAUGAGCAGCAUUUCAGAAAGGAAGGAGAAAUUAGAACCACACUUCAGGAGUUAUUACUCUACUGUAUUUUUUUAAUAAACCUAUGCAUAUUGACUUUUGGGAUGGUAAACCCACAUAUGUAUUACUUAAACAAAGUUAUGUCAUCUCUGUUUUUGGACACUUCUGUGCCUGGUGAUGAAAGAACCAACUUUAAGUCUAUUCACAGCGUAACUGAUUUUUGGAAGUUUAUGGAAGGACCCCUUUUGGAAGGUCUAUACUGGGACUCAUGGUACAAUAACCAGAAGUUGUAUAAUUUAAAGAACAGCAGUCGCAUCUACUAUGAGAACAUACUUUUAGGAGUCCCCAGAGUCCGUCAGCUAAAAGUCCGCAACAACACAUGCAAGGUCUAUUCAUCCUUUCAGUCUUUGAUGAGUGAAUGUUACGCCAAAUACACUUCUGAAAAUGAAGACAUGUCUGAUUUUGGCCUUAAACUUAAUACUGAAUGGAAGUUCUCUGCUCCCAGUAUCAGUGGCCCUGGGCACUGGGGAUUUGCUGGUGUUUACCAAAAUGGGGGAUAUAUUUUCACUUUAUCAAAAUCAAAAUCUGAAACCCAAAGCAAGUUCGUUAACCUUCGACUGAAUAGCUGGAUUACAAGAGGGACUCGAGUUAUAUUUAUUGACUUUUCGUUAUACAAUGCUAAUGUAAACCUGUUUUGCAUCAUCAGAUUGGUGGCAGAAUUCCCAGCAACUGGAGGAAUACUUACUUCAUGGCAGUUUUACACAGUGAAGCUCCUCAGAUACGUUACCUACUAUGAUUAUUUUAUUGCUUCCUGUGAAAUCACAUUUUGUAUUUUUCUUAUUGUCUUCACAAUACAAGAAGCCAAAAAUAUAAAAGAAUUUAAGUCUGCCUAUUUCAAAAGUAUUUGGAACUGGCUAGAAUUACUACUUUUAGUGUUGUGUUUUGUGGCCGUUUUCUUCAAUUUAUACAGUAAUAUACAAAAUUUUCUCUUACUUGGACAGCUGUUAAAAAAUACUGAAAAAUAUUCAGACUUCUAUUUUCUUGCCUAUUGGAACAUUUACUACAACAAUAUAAUUGCCAUUACCAUCUUUUUUGCAUGGAUAAAGAUAUUCAAAUUCAUAAGCUUUAACAAGACAAUGUCUCAGCUGUCAUCAACCUUGUCCCGCUGUAUCAAAGACAUAGUAGGAUUUGCCAUCAUGUUUUUUAUAAUAUUCUUUGCUUACGCGCAGUUAGGAUUUCUUCUUUUUGGAUCACAGGUUGAUGACUUUUCCACUUUUCAAAAUUCCAUAUUUUCACAAUUUCGAAUUGUUCUUGGGGAUUUUAAUUUUGCUGGUAUUCAGCAAGCCAAUCGUAUCUUGGGACCCAUUUACUUCAUCACCUUCAUCUUUUUCAUGUUCUUUGUCCUCCUGAACAUGUUCUUGGCAAUAAUUAAUAAUACCUAUUCUGAAGUGAAAGCUGAUUAUUCACUAGGCAGAAGACCAGAUUUUGAACUUGGUAAAAUGAUUAAAAAGAGUUACAAGGAUGUUCUUGAAAGACUCAAACUAAAGAAACCUCAAACAGAUGAAAACAGCAAAAAUAUGAAAAGUGGAGAUUUGGCUGAACGAGCCAGAAGAGAAGGCUUUGACGAGAAUGAGAUUCAAAGUGCAGAGCAGAUGAAAAAAUGGAAAGAGAGACUUGAGAAAAAGUAUUAUUCUACAGAAACUCAAGAUGACUACCAACCCGUCACUCAGCAAGAAUUUCGAGACCUCUUUUUAUACACCGUGGAGCUGGAGAAAGAAUUACACUACAUCAGUUUAAAACUAAACCGAGUGAUGAGAAAGGUUUCCGCUCUACCCUACUAAGUCGAGUGGAGGUGAGAAUCUGAUGCAAUCAUUGAACAUGCUAACGAAGAUUUAUCCCUGUAUUGAGUUAUUUCCUAAACGUGUCCCCAUUUCAGGUACACUUUGAAAAGCACUAAACCACCUAUCAUCAAACUAUCGUCAGGGUCAAUAAUCAUCAUCAAAUGACUUCCAGGAACGACGUGCCCCUGACUGGGACUCACUGUAUAAUCCACGCCUGUAUAAUCCAUUAGAACAUGCCUCCAGAGUAUAUGCACCGAUUCACAUAGAGAACUUUAUAAUUAUUAUUAAAUCCUAGGACUAUGAAAGUACAAAAUAAUGCUGUUCAUGGGACAGUAAGUAGGUAAAAACAGUUUUCUCGGUGUUCCACAAAGUGUAAGAAGUGUUGGCGUUCUCAUCAUGUACCAUGUUCCAACUUCUCAGACCAUAGAUAAAUGCUUAGGAGUCUGUAAAACUAUCAUAUAAUACCCCAAGUAAAAUAAUCUCACCUCCAUUCUUCGCAAUAUAAGUCUCCUAUAAAGCUAAAGUGUAAAAGAACAAACUACCCAACCACCUACAGAAACUUUAUUAAUAUCUGCACACUGGAAAUUCAUCUAGACAGUUUCUAACGUAACGCAUCUAAAGUUUCGCAAAAGUGCUUCCUCGACCACUUUAAAAGCAAAAUACAUUUUAAAAAAUAAAGAGCAAGGUAGGAGUAUCCGGGUUACAAAAAGUCAAGUUGUAUUUGAAAAGUGUAAAUGAGUGUGCUGCAAAAACCAUUUGGAUGGUUGGAAAACUUCUAUAUGACUGGCAUUUUGGAAAUUGGAAGUAAACGCUUCUAAUUUCUUUAGGUUACAUAAACCCUCCCAGAAGAACUAUGUUCUUAGCCCAAGCAAUAGCAUUUGACCAUAGUACUCAACUUCCACAGGGGCGCUCAAUAUGGCCCCUGGAUUUUAAAACUGGAAUAAAGGAAUUUUUAAACCUACCCACCUUCCUCGGACUAAGCUCUUCUCUUAGAGAUUGUACAUCGUUUUCUUAAUAGGAUAAUUCACUGCAACAAGAACUGCUAACUAUUCUCUCUGCAUCUUCUCCCUCCAUUUCCACAAGGCAAUCAACAACAUGAUCUUUCCCUGUCUUUCCACUCCCCAGAGAUGCAGUCAGCGAGGUGGUUACUAACCCUGCUGUCCCCCCAUAUGGU